UUUAGUAUAGUAAUAUUAAUGACAAAAUGUAUAGCAAUUCAAACAUUAUAAUAAAGGUGAAUUGAAAAACCGUCUGCUGGGCGUCCUUAUGGCGUCUGCUAGAAUGAUGCUUGAAAAUUAGAACUUGGUUUUUACGUAUAAAAGGAAUAAAAUUUCUUAAUCUUUCAAAUGAAUUAUAGUAUUGUGGGAAGUGAUAGCCCUGCUGCUUUAUUAGAUAUGCUUGCAGAAGUUGCAUCACAAACAUUACAUUCAGAAAAGAAAUAUAGUAAAUCAUUGUCAACAUCACAAUGCAAGUCAAAAGCGGAUCAUAUAAAAAGGAAGACUUAUGAAUCACUCUUUACUGUGCCACAACUUUUGUCCAUGCCUGCAUCACAACUAGUAAAACAAUUUUCUAUUUUUACAAGCGAUGAAUUAAAAAGACAGUACUCUUAUACAUGUGCUCUGGUUGUUGGGUGUGGGCAAAAAUAUACUAGUUUUGCAAGUGAAGGAAGAGCAAGAAUGUCUAUUAAAGCACAUUUGGCAGAACAUUUAGAAUAUCUAAAAACAAACAAAGAUGCUUAUAAGAAUUUUACAGCAAAAUCAGUAAGUUAUAAAAAUUACAAAUCAAGUCCCCAAAGUAAAAAAAAUAAAUUUCAACAAGUAAGAAAACCACAAGAGACAUUGAAUAAGGAGAAUAAAAAUGUUAUUGAAAAUUCAACAAAUUAUUUGAGAAAUAUUUUAUUAAAUGAUUCUAAUUUUAAAGAAUUAGACAAAAAUAAGAAUGUUGAAAAAGUAGAAAAUCUUAAAACAUUAAGUAAUUCUGAACAAAAAGAUACAGAUAGAGCAGAUUUCAAAGUUCUUGGAGAUCAUAGCUAUUCUGAACGUUUAAAAGAUGAAAUUCCUAAUGCAAAAGAAGUAUCUUUCCAUGGUACUUUUGAAAAUGCAACAAGUGAAAAUAUUGUACUUAUGGUUGUUGGUACUGAUAGUGUUCAUAUGAAAGAGUAUCCUCAUGUUACCCAAAAGUUGUCAGAAAAAGUUAAUAGAAACUCUGAAACUGUUUAUUUACCAGAAAUAUCAUGGUCCAGUGAAAGUAGCAGUAAAGCUGUAGAAAUUACAACUACUAAACCCAAAGGAAAAGCCAAAUUUAUAGGCACUAGUAAAGAGGAAAGAGAAAUGGCAUUAGCUUUUAUGGAUCGGAUAAAGAAAAAAGGAAAUCCAACAGGAAGUAAUCUCGAAUGUCGAAUUUGCAAUCCACCACGAAGUUUUACAGCACCUACAACGUUGGUAUCGCACUAUCGAAGUCAUGCCGGAAUAAAGCCAUACGAAUGUCGUAUAUGCAGAGCAGUUUUUACAAGGAGGCACAGUUUAAAAUAUCAUAUGUUAAUUCAUCAAAAUCAAACACGAUUCACUUGUGGUGAUUGUGGAAAGAAGUUUAGACACCCAUCACAUUUCAGAGAACACAGACGUAGACACACUGGAGAAGCACCAUUUGGGUGCGAUGAUUGUGGACAGCGGUUUAAAACGAGAAAUACAUAUAAACGUCAUUUGAAAACAAGACAUGGUAAAGUUUUAACAACUACUGGUGAGUUGUUGCAUCUUUCUGAAGAAGACUUUCAGAAAGUUCGAACUAAUAGAAGAAAAAGAAAUGACACAAAUAAAGACCAUAUGGUGAAUGAAGAUAUCAUUGCAACAAAAACAAUUAUGCAUUAUCAAGACGAUAAUGGUCAAUUGCAUGAUGCUGAAACCGAAGAAUAUAUUGUAAACGAGGUUGUUGCUGAUACUGAAAAAAAUUGGGAACCAAAUGAUACGAUCCAAAUUAUUAAAAAUUGUUUUGAAACUUAUGAGAUUUGUCCAGAAUCUCAUUUGAAUAAGACUGAAUCCACAGAGACUGAAAUAACUGUAAAUAAUAGUGUUUCUAACAAAAAUAACAAUUGUCUCACGGAAGAAUUCACAAAUAAAAUGCGAGAUAAGUCGUUACAUUUACAGAAUGCUUCUUGUAACGAGUUGCACGUGGUUCAAGAUGAGAACGGUCAUAUUGUAUAUGAUGAUAACACUGAUCAAUCGGAAUUAAUUUACCAUAAUAUCAACGAAAUACCAUCGUAUAUUAAAGUAGAAUAUAAUAAUUUAGCUAACAAUGCAAAAAGCAGAAACAAUAUGGAAUUUUAUGAAAAACUUGAAUUUCCGGAAAAUCAGUUUAAGAAUUACAUACAAAUAAUAGAAGAUACUAAAACAGAUUAUUGCAACGAAGCAUUAAACGAUUCUUUAAACGAACAAAAAAUUAAAUACAUACAUGACAUAAAAGAAUCAGAAACGAAAUUGAUACAAGUAAACACUCAUGUUGAAGACGAAGAUGAAAACAGCAAUAAACAAAUAACUAUUACUCAAGAUGAUACAAAAUACGAGAAAGAAGACAGUAAUGUUAUCGUGUUUGAUUACAAACCUUGUCAAGAAAUAAAAUUGCACAAGAUCGAUGUAUCAGAAGAUAUAAUAAAUUCAAGUACUUCACAAGAACCGAAUAUUGUUAAUAGAAUGUCAUUAAAAACUAAAGAUACUUCGUCGACUCAAAGUAAAAAUUGUGUAUCACAAACAGAUAAAAAUUUAGAUGACUAUCAAACUAUAGUAAAAAAUUUAAUUAAGAGUGGAGUGAUUACUUCAAACAGCAAUUAUGUUCUUGAAAAGAAUAAAAAAUUAUUAAAUCAAAGCGAACAAGGUUUGUAUAUUCAUAAUGAACCUUUAACCAGUAUAAUAAUACAAAAUAAGUGCGUAAAUGUACUUCCACAACAACUUAAAAUUAAUAAUAAUGUAAAAAAUAAAUCAAAAAUUCAAGUGGAUAAACAUCAAAAAUUCACACUUCUGAAUAAACAUAUGCAAACUAUUAAUAUAAAACAAAAUGAAAAUCAAAAUACUAUUUUGUUGUUAACAAGUGAUGCAUUACAAAAUAGUAUUUUUAAAGUUGAGCAUAACAAUUCUGCUGAAAGUGAAAAUAAAACACAAAUAUUUGAGACAAGUAAGUAACACCUAAUAAUACAAGAUGCAUUUUGAAUUCUUCAUUUUAUAUUCAUUAAAUCGAAAAUAUUUCAUACUAAGAGCAAUAUACUUUUGAAAUUACGAGAAAGUUUUAUAAAAUAUAGUUAAUGAAUGUAUUAAUAGUAUGAUAGUACUGAAAUAAUACUUUGAGUUUUUGUACAUAUAAAUAUUGUUAACAAAAAUGUAGGUUUAAUAUUUUUUACUAGAGAUACAGAGAAUAUACAAAAAUCUUUUUAAAAAGAAUGAAUUUAAUAAAUAUUUUUACAUGAUUUAGAUUAUAUAAAGUACACAGUAUUAGUAUAGGUUUUAUAUAAAAUAAAUUAUAAAAAUAUGA